GGCUUGACGAGCUACAAGAACCGUCGCAAGUCGUUGUACCGUCAAAGUUGUACUCUUUCUGCCUUUCCAUCCUCCCGAUACAUCACUUCCUCUCACUCACAUCCCUCGCUGGCUGCUCCCCCAACUGCACUGGUCGUGCCUACCUCAUUCUCGCCAAGCAUACCUCUGGUCACAACCUCACCACCUCAGCUACAAACCACCCGCGGUCCAUCUUGAACCCAAUCUCAUCAUGGCUGCACCAAGAGCAACUCAGUUCAUUGCCCUGCGCAACCUGACCCGCGGCACUCACCAAGUCCGCCAUCUGUCCAUGACCGGACCCAAGACAUAUGCCUCGCCGAUCUUGGAACGCCCCGUCUUCAACCCUCCUGCCGUCGCAAAGAUCGAGCGACCUACCAUUGAGCAGGAGUCCAAAACCAAGCCAGCGACCCGCCACUUCAACACCUCGCGUGAACUGAAGGCAGUCAAGGACACCUCCACCAUCGACUUCGCCUACUUGCCAGACUUGAUGUCGCCCGAGAAUGUCGACAUCUACGCACAAGUCCGGGUUCCCAUCAUCCCUACCGGAGCCGAAGCAGCACCCAAAGUGAUAGAACAAGAAACCGUGGUCAUGAAACCACAAAUCAACGUCAUGUCCGCUGACGCCGUCUACUUGCCCAUGUCGGAGUCAAGUGAUGGCCACGCCAUGAACAUCGACUUCCACGCCAUGGCCGAAAAGGUCGCGGCCAACUUACGCAGAAUUAAAGUCCCGGUCGAGGAGCAAGCUGGUAUUGCCAAACAGAUCUGGGGAGAUAUGAUUGACGACAUGAUGGGAUUGAAGAAACGUGGCAGUGCGGCAUAGAGUGCCGACAAUUUAAUUAUCCGCGCAAAGUUUGCCAACUUUUACUCUCGAUGCCAGACUGUAUUAUUGGAAUUUGCGAGUGUCAAGAUGGCUUGAAGCGCUCAAACCAUCUGAGCAUGAAAUGAAUUGAAGCGGGCAAUUCAGAUGAGAGAUCUUUUGACGGCCGAGAACAAGGUGGCAACAUAUUGAAUCGUAGUAGCUUUACUCGUUACUACAGCAGCUGAAGAAGCUAGCUAAUGAGAUUUCCUUCUAAUUCUCAAUACUCGUAUGUUGCAUUUCACCUUGCUCUGUUCAACGAAAACAAAGUGCCUGCUCUGUUCAUUCACUCACGG